AUGGCCUCGCUCACAACAGCUUCGAUAGCUGCUCGUGCAAUUGCUCGCUCGAGCCUUCGAUCUCAAACUAUCCCGAGCCCUACGUGGAGCCCUACGUUGACUCGUACAACUCUCACCACUCGACACGCAUCACUUCAAACACGAUUAGCAUCGACGGAACCCACCAAGCAAGUUGGCAAUGUCACAACACCAGGCUUUCGACCUCGCUCCUCCACCACCGGCCCUAGUGCAGUCCGCGUCGGAACCCUCUUCACAUCCCUCGUUGCUCUCGCUAUCGCCGUAACAUCCUUUGGUCUGUAUGAAUAUUACACCUCCUUCUCAGCAUGGCCCGUCUCUAUCCGUGACGAUCUCCGCGCAGCCCUCAAAGCUCGUAAUCGUGGUGAUACUCGCCGAGCAGAGUCCUACUUCCGAAAAGCUCUCUCUACAGCCCGAAGCAUUAAAGGCGAGCUGAAUGAGCCCACACCUACACCCAAAGGUCAGCCGGAGGGACAGAGGGGUGAGGCAAUGCUCAAGAUCUCUGGUAUCGCUAUUGCACUUGCUGCAUUGCUAGAGAAUGAAGGGAGAGUGGGAGAGGCGUAUGAAGUGCUGGAGGAUGUUUGGGAGGAAGUUAUGGAGCAAGGGAAAUACUCAAGUGUCGUGCAGAACGAAAAGGGAGAGUACAAGAGAGGAGAUAGAGACAGGAUGAGGGGUGUGCAAUUGGCGCAGAAGUUGGGAUUGUUGGGUCAGUUGCCCGAGGUAAGGGUUGAGUUGCUGAGUAAGGUCAAAGCAAGGCAAGCUCAGGAUGGGGACGAUGGCAAGCCGGUAAGGUUUGCAUUGACUGGCACAGCCGAAUCACAAGAUCCGGCGGAAAGGUGGUUGGUGUGGAGUGUUGAGGAGCUGUUUAGAUUGGUGUUGCCGGCCGAUGUGCAUGCUUUUGCACUUUCUGCUGCUAGACAGCCGGAGGACUCUACCGAUAAGCAAUCUGCGAAAGGAAGUGGAGCAGGAACAUUGAACUCCGUGACACCACCAACUUCCGUUUCCUUUGCGGACUUGGAUUUGCCAGCAUGGGUAACGAAGCUCGACCUGCUCUCUUCCAUCGAAGCACUCGGCACAUUCUACGCCGGCAAAGGUCUACCCGAAUAUGCAGUCCCCCUCUACCUUCAAACUCUCUCCAUCCUCCUUCCACCCACCAAUACCGCCAACAACCGCUCCUCAACAGCAAGCGAGAGAUGUAAAGCAGGCCUAAUUAUGAACAAUCUCUCCCAACUCCUCUCCUCCUCUAACAUCAAAGACGCAACCAAAUGGGCACUCAAAGGUCUCGAUAUCACCGAUAAAACUGUUCAACUCGCCAGUUUCGAAGCCUCUUCUUCCGCAGGAUUGAAAGAAGUGGUGCAGUCAACAGAAGAAAGAACUCAAGAAGUCAAACACGAAUGUCUCGGUGUCAAGCUCACCCUCCUCUACAAUUUGGGUGUGUUGAGCGAUAUGGCUGGAGACAAAUGUCAGGCUAGGGUGUAUUUCCAGAAAGCGUACAAGACGGCUACUGGGGUGGAGGGUGAACCGGCGUUUGCGAAGGUGGCAAAGGCCAAGGCUGCAGAGAGUUUGGCUAGGUUGGAGAGGAGAGGUGCUGACAAGUGA